AUGUCGUUCGCGGCCUUCCCCGACGCCCCCACCCUCUCCGCCUUCGAUGACGCGCCGCUGGACGCGCAGCUGUACACCAUGAUCGAGCUGGAGGGCAGCCGCUACCGCGCCUUCUUCGCCAAGCUCACGCAGGGCAGCGGCGCGCCCAUCGCGCGCGACGCGGCGCUCGAGUUCUUCCGCAAGUCGAGUCUCUCGGAGGAGCAGGUGCAGGAGCUCUACGCGCGGCUCAAGGCGCUGCGCCUGCUGCCCGGCAGCGAGCGCGUGGGCGAGACCGAGUUCGUCAUGGGCAUGCACCUCAUCGUGUGCAUGACCAAGCGCGGGCUCGCGCGCAUCCCCGCGGCCUUCCCCACGUCGCUCUUCCCCACGCUCGACCUCACGCCGCAGACGCAGACGCAGGAGCGCGCGCCCAUUGUGGACGCGCCCCCAGCAGCUUCAUCAGCUUCGGCUUCAGCGCUGGAUGACGCGCCGCUGUCGUUCAUUGCCACGUCGCCCGCCACGUCCGCGGCGGACGCUUCGUCGCUCACGGAGCUCGUGACGACGCAGAUCCGCACGCAGCAGCACGAGACGGAGGUGCUGUCGCGCGUGGACCAGGCGGCGGCCAGGGCGGUGCAGAGCCUGCAGGCCUGUGUGGAGCGCAUCGCAGACCAGGUGGACGGCCUGGGCUUCCCCGUGCCGAGCUCGGCCAGGUCGCUGGACGCACUCAAGAACCUGCUGCAGAAGCACGUGCACGCCGCCAAGCAGGAGAUCCAGAGCAUGCAGAUCGACGCGCAGAUGCGGAGCGUGGCCUCCGAGGAGCAGGGGCCGCGGGAAGACCCGCUGAAGGUGGCGGGCGAGCUCACGCAGGAGCUCAUCGCGCUGCAGCACCACACGGCACAGCUCAUGGCCAAGAAGGCGAACGUGAUGGGACGACUUGUAGCGGUCAAGUCUGGAGGGUCAGCGGCGGGGGGUAUUAUCCAGCAGACGGCGGGUGCGGGCUUUAUGGAGUCGAACAACCCGGCGUUCGCGCUGUCCAAGGGCGCACUCACGGUGGGGGAGCUCGGCACGGCCUCGGCGUCGACGACGCCUCCGAAAGGCGCGAGUCCAGCGUUGAUGCAGUCACACAACAGUGCGUCGAGUGGGGGCUGGGGCACGUUCGGCGCUGCUGCGUCUCACGACCCUGCCCCUCCCCAACCCUUCGGGGUGAAGGCUGAUAGCGCUCCGGCGUCGAAUUCGAAUGACCCCUUUGGCUUUGGAUCGUCGCCUGCAGCUCCAGCUGUGGGGACAACGGAGACAUCAGCGGCCAAAGCAUCGGACAAGGGAGCAGACGACUUUGCGUGGGGGUCGUUUCAAUAG